AGUUAUUCGACAUUAGUUGAAAGAGUUGUCACGUAAUCUAAUUUAAAAUUUCAAUUUUUUAAUUGAAAAUCCAAUUAUUUUAUAGUAAAAUAAUUGUACCAGAACAGCACUGACGAACAAUGUCUCAUCAAACAGGCAUUAAAGCAAACGAUUCGUUAAAGAAGUUUUUUGGAAAGUGCCGUGAAGGAAAAAUACGUGUUUUUAAAAUAUCAAUAGAAAAUGAGGAAUUGACAUUGUCGGCAUACAAGGAUGUCAAAAGUACGUGGGAGAAAGAUUAUGAUAAGAAAAUUAAACCAUUGGUUGAAGAAAAUAAGCCAUGUUAUAUAUUUUACAGAUUAGAUACAAAAAAUGCUUCUGGAUACGAAUGGCUAUUAAUUAGUUGGAUACCGGAUACAGCGACAGUCCGCGAAAAAAUGUUAUACGCAUCCACAAAAGCAACAUUAAAGCAAGAAUUUGGUACUGGGUAUAUUAAGGAAGAAAUUCAUGGAACUACAUUGGACGAUGUUACAUUAAGUGGAUAUCAACGUUACAAAACAUCAGCCAAAGCACCGGCUCCAUUAACUAGUCGUGAAGAAGAGUUACAAGAAUUACGUAAAUCUGAAUUAAGUUCAUGUACUGAUUAUAGUGUAGAUAGUCGUCAACAAACCCUUGGCGGUGUUUCAUUUCCAAUGACUGAAUCAGCAAAACAAGCAAUUUUAGAUAUGGCACGAGGAUCUUAUGACUAUUUACAAUUUCGCAUCGAAAUCGAAGAAGAAAGAAUAGAUUUAGUUACAGCAAGUAAUAUUAGUUUAGAAAAGUUACCAUCACAAAUACCCGAAGAUACUGCACGUUAUCAUUUAUACAAAUUUAAGCACACACAUGAAGGGGAUUAUUUGGAAAAUAUUGUAUUCAUAUAUUCCAUGCCUGGUUACAAUUGCUCGAUAAAAGAACGCAUGCUUUAUUCGAGUUGUAAGGCGCCGUUUUUAGUUCAAAUUGAAAAUAUGGGAUUAGAAAUCGAGAAAAAGUUAGAAAUUGAAUCCGGCUCUGAGUUAACUGAAGAUUAUUUGCAAGAUGAAAUACAUCCAAAGAAAAAUUUACAUAGACCAAAAUUUGCAAAACCAAAAGGACCACCAAAUCGAGGUGCCAAACGAUUAACUAAAACGACAAAUUAAUCAUAAAACCGAACAAAUAAAAACAAAACAAGA